UUACUUCAUCACACAAAUUGUUGACUUACUUGCUGUUGAUUUGCCAUGCCAGGGUUCCAAAUAGGUUUUGUGGCUUUAUACUUGACGCCUCAUUGCUGAAACAUAAAAUCAUAAAAGGUCUCGGUUUUGUACACAAUGGGGUUUUUUGGUUGCUUGCACUCAUAAAGGUUAAGUAAAUUAUUUAGCUAGAAAAGUUUCCCAUUUCUGUUUAUACUUACUUUCUCUACAAUCGCAAUGCUACUGGCUACAAUGGGUCCUGUCAGGUUGUUUAACUGAAAAGAAAAAUUUGAAAAAGAAAGAGAUUUCAUGGCGGAUGAGAAGGAAAAACUCCUUAGCGGGGCAAGGGACAGUGUGGCAAACGAAACCACAGAUGAAGAUCAACACGAGACGCCUGAAGAGUACAAAUCAAGAUGGAGGACAAUUAGAAUCACUUACUUAACUAUGGCACUCAGUGCAAUGGAAUUUGCAAUUAUUUUACCGUCAAUCUGGCCUUAUCUGCAAAAGGUUGACCAAGAAGUCAAUGCUCAGUUUCUGGGUUUGGUAGUUAGUGGUUACAGCAUUUUUCAGAUUUUUGGUGCCAUUUUGUUUGGUGCUUGGUGCCAGUACCGUCCAGCUAUCGAGCCACUGUUGGCAAGCACUUCUCUUCGCUUUAUUGGGCAUUUCUUGUACCUGUGUGCUGAAAACUAUCCUGGUUUUGAUGGGAAAAUGUUGAUUCUGUUGGCAAGGCUUACUGUCGGUUUUUCAGCAGGAGAGGUAGCUGUUUGUCGCACUGUGGCAUCCCAGUCAACUGCAAAAGACGAGAAGAACAAUGCAUUGAAAUUCAUAGUUGCAUUGGAAGAAUUUGGCGCUGCAAUUGGUCCAGCUUUGCAAGCUGUAGCCGUACCCCUGCUGGGCAAAGGACUACAUUAUUCUUUUGUGAAUAUUGACAUUUUCAACAUUGCUGGAUGGAUCGGAAUAGUGACAGCAGUUUUCAAAAUUUUCAUCCUCCUUAUUUGGUUCAAAGAACACAACAUUGAUGUAAAAGAUAGCACAGGUGAUCUUCCAAAGCCAAACCUGUGUGCUGCUUUGGUUUCAAUAAUAGCCUUGUUCGUCCUUUAUUGUGAUAUUUCAAUGAUUGAAACGUAGGCUGAAGUUUAUAUUCAACUAAAUUUCAAUGAUAAUUUUACCAUUCUGGUAGCAUAAGGAUAGAAAAGAACAUUUGCAAGAGAGAGACAAACUUUAUCUAGACAAACUUUACGCAGAUCGGAUAGUAUUCUUUUGAUGUCGGUUCCGUUUACACGCUACCGGAUUCAUUUCAUAUCGGAUUCCUUUCAUACCAGAUAGGCCUUCUGUUUACACAAUGAGAACCCAAUCCGAAAUGCUUUCGCUCCGCUACAAAAGUGGUAUGAAACCAAUCCAAUAUGUAUCGGAUUGGGUUGAGUGCUCGGGUAAACGCUUGAAUCCUGUAUCAUUAUGCUACGCAGCCUCAGUUAAAAUCCCUGUGGCCUCAGCCCCACGUUUGGCGCGUUUUUUCAUUAAACUGUUGUUUCAUUAUUUAAAAACAAGAUGGAUGCUGAUAAAGUUAAAUUAUCCUUUACCACAAUGAUUGGUUUUGCAAACAUUUUUCAGAUAAGUAGGCACCUCGUGGAUCUUUAUUGGAGAUAUUACUUAUCUUUAAGAAGACUUUACACUCUAACUCUCCCAGUCUUUCCCUUGAAUUGAGAACUCGCUGCAUGCGAUCUGACGGUUUCUAGCAAUAGCUCAAUUUCUUGACCAGGCCAGAAAAAAUUUCUUCAUCAAUUUUCUUCCCUGCUCCCGCCAUUUUCCUGUUUCAGUCACCCACAUCAGUGCUCACAUGGCAAAGGAAAAGGUAGCUUUAUCCUUUCCAAUAGCACCACAGCAGCGCGUCUUGCAAAAGAGAAAAAAAAUUCACGAUUACCUGAAAAAAAUUGGAUUGAUAGGAAUCCAAUAUUUCUUAUAGAUAAGGGCAUGACCUUAGUAGUUAUUAGCAUCUAACACAACAUGAGAUAUCAGUAAGCAGUUAUCCUCAGCUCAAGAAGAUAUUCUUCGUCAUUUAUAAAUUAUACAAAGUUAAGGUGGUCGCCCCCCUUCUCUUCCACAAUAUUUUGGUCAAAAGACAAUGGUCUUUUGUUCUAAAACCAUAGGAAAAUGUGACGUCAUAUUAUCAGAACAAUAAGCUUCUGUCCGCCACUGUUUGUGUGUGUUGAUUUGUAUUUGUUUUUACCAAGCAUCUUAAGGUAGUUUUUAGGAAAACAAUGAGACCCUCUGCUACAUAACACUGUUUCUAUAUGUCCAACUUAACUGAAUUCGACUGUAUUACACAAUCCUUACUUAGUAGCAAAUAAAUCAUAUAUAUAUUUCAUUAUUUUCUCAUAACAUUUCAAGGCGACUGUAUUUACACCUUCCUUAUAAUUGUUUCUUGCCCUCUUAUGAAAGAUAGUGUGUUUAAUUAUUUUAUUCCAUCAUUUGAAUAUUUAGUGUUAAUUGCUCUUUUUCUU